AUGCCUGGUGUCAGUUUGAAUUAUCAUUCUUCUUUAUCCGUUGACGAUACAACAUCUUACUCUCAACGUAUUCAUCCACCUCAACAAUACUACUACCAAUCGAUUGAACAAUCGACUUUCUAUUCGUAUCAAUCUCAAUUGUCCCUGCAAAGCGAUCACCAACAAAAAUCUUCAACAUCAUCAAACGGUACGAAGAAAUGUGACUGGAACGAAUUGGAAGUCACCGGCAAUGUUCGCAAUUUAUCACCGAUCUUAUGGACAUUAUCGCAAUUGACGGUUUUAUAUUUAAACGAUAAUCAACUAACUCGUUUACCGUCGGAAAUUGCAUGUUUAACAAAUCUAGUCACUCUCGAUCUAUCAAAUAACAAGCUGAGAAAUUUACCAUCAGAAAUCGGUGAAUUAAUAUCAUUACGUGAAUUGAAUUUGACCAAUAAUUCUAUUCGAAACUUACCGUACGAAUUAGGGAAAUUGUUUCGUUUACAAAGUCUAGGAUUGAUGGGAAAUCCAUUACCCGCAGAGGUUUAUACAAUCUAUACCGAAUCAAAUGGCCUACAAAAGCUAUUAACAUAUUUUCUGGAUAGUCUUCCUUCAUCACUCAAUGGUAUAACACACAAAGAUAUCGCUUCUCUUUCUCUUAUUCAACGAUCGUCAAGAGUGGGAGUACAUCCGUUAUGGGCUGGAAUGUAUUUAAACAAUCGUAUGUGUUCCAUUACGGAAUCUCGUCGUGUCACUGUCUCCUGUAAACAUAUAUUUUCGUCGUGUACCAACGAAUGUUCAACAAGCGCAUCUCUCUUUCGAACGACUAAACAAAAACUUCAUGAGAAAAUUUCGAGCUCAAGAGUCUUUCAUGUUCCAAUCGAACAAAAAAACAACGUUUUAUCUGAUAAUACUCGUUCACUAAGGACAAUAUUAAAUCCUUUAUCACCAGUUUUCUAUUCUCAUCAUCAGACACAACUUCUAUCAAAUAAAAUCAGCUUUGAACACGCAACUUCCAAUGUUUACCAAUCAUACUCACUGCCAUCGAUGCUUUUGUACAGUGAUCAUCAGACGGCAUUCUCAUUUUCUAUUGUAAAUAAUACUCCAAUCGUACCGGUGCAUAGAGGAUCAUUAGCGUCAUUGUCAUCCUCGUCCUCCUCAUCAUCAUCGGAUACUAAUAAUAAUUUAAGUUUCUGUCGUUGUUGUUGUUGCUGUUGCUGCUGCUGUGACAAAGAAAAUCUUCCUUAUCGUAAGCGCCCUCGACGUUCCACAAAAAAAUCCUCUUUUGAUAAUUAUUCAAUUAAACGAAUUAAAACCCAGUCUCGCACUAAAACUCGUAAACAACGUCGAAAUGCUUCACUUAUAAAUUUCAGUAUUGAUCUAACAGGUCAAAAUAUCGACUAUACUAUCGAAUAUCAUUAUUAUCAAACAUUAUUUAUACCGUUUUACUACGAUUUUUAUUACCUAUCAUGGCUACAAUUGUACUAUUACUACAGUUAUUUGUACUUCUACUAUUCGCAAUACUUGAAUCGAGAGUCUAUCCAACCACCACCGGCACGGUCAUGGAUUCGACUUGCAUCCCCGAAUGCCACUCAACCGACAGCAAUAUUUACAAUAAUGAAUUACAAUAUUCUUUGUGAUAAAUAUGCGACGAGACAUGUAUAUGGUUACUGUCCAUCCUGGGCGUUGAAAUGGGAUUAUCGUCGUAAACAUAUUCUCGAAGAAUUACGGUCAUAUUCAGCUGAUAUCAUUGCGCUCCAGGUCGGUGAAAUUAACGAAAUGGAAACUGACCAAUUCCAUUCAUUUUUCUUGCCAGAAUUACAAAAACAUGGCUACGAUGGUGUCUUUAGUCCUAAAUCUCGUGCCAAGACCAUGUGUGAGCAAGAUCGCCGAUAUGUCGAUGGAUGUGCAAUAUUUUAUCGACAAUCGAAAUUUCGUUUAAUCAAACAUUAUCUUGUGGAGUUUAACCAGUUGGCUAUGUCUGCUGCUAAUGGUACAGCCUGUCACGAUAUGAUGAAUCGUGUGAUGACGAAAGAUAAUAUUGGUCUUGUUGCAUUUCUCGAAACGAAAGAAGAGAUUUAUUCUCAUACAUUUUCAAAUGGUGUACUACCAACGGAUCAUAAACAAAUGUUAUUCGUAUGUACAGCACAUAUCCAUUGGGAUCCUGAAUAUUGUGAUGUGAAAGUUGUUCAAACCCUCAUGUUGUUAUCAGAACUGAAAACGAUUAUAGAAGAUGCGAUACAAAAACAUCGACCUAAUUCGAGUAUGUCAAUUGACUGUUCAACAGUCCCAUUGGUUCUUUGCGGAGAUUUCAAUUCCUUACCAGGAUCAGGCGUCAUUGAAUUAAUGCGUAGUGGAAAAAUAUCAAUGACUCAUGCUGAUUUCAAAGAUCUUAGUUAUGAAACAUACUUACAAAGAUAUAGUCGUGUCGAUGGAAAUCCGACACCAAGUAAUGACAUUGUGCACCAUUUCAAAUUGCAAUCAGCUUAUGAAACGACAGCAGAUCCAAUUAUGCCUUAUACUAACUUUACGUAUGAUUUCAAAGGAAUCAUUGAUUAUGUCUUUUUCUCGACACAGUUAAUGCGUGUUCUCGGCGUCUUGGGACCACUUGAUCCUGAAUGGCUUCAAACAAAUAAAAUAGUCGGUUGUCCACAUCCGAAUGUUCCAUCGGAUCACUUUUCGCUCUUAGUCGAAUUUGAAUUGAACCCAUCGACAAAUGAUAAUUCGAAAACUUCAACAACAACAACAACAACAACAGCAAUACCAGUACGAAGACAAUGA